ACUUUGUUCUUGCAUUAAUAUUCUCCUAUAAGUUAUCAAAAAUGCACAAUUCUUAUAAUUUUCUAAUCAACGCAAUAACGCAACAUCCUCCUUUAUCACACAACCUUUGCAAGUCGCACAUUUAGCGCACCUCCCACGCCAAACUCCAAUUCUUUUAAUUUCUACCCUUUCAACUUGUUGUUUUUCAUAUCUAUCCCUUUCCCUUCACUCACUCUCUCCCUCUUUUACUCUUCCUAAGAAAACAGUGUUCGUUAAGACGUCGAGUUUAUACCUAUAUAUAUGCAAUGACUCGAAACUAUGAUCAAGCAUUGUAAUAUACGACUAAAGGGAGGAUACAUCAUUCUUAUUCAAAGAGAUCAAUCAAAACAACAAGGAUGAUGAAGAAAGUGGUUGGGAAGGUUGGGGUGGGGUUAGUUUUUAUGGGAAUUUUGUUGGCUGAGUUGGUGGGGAGCUCAACUGGUGCAAUACGUCAUGAUUAUGGAGAUGCAUUAUCAAAGAGUAUAUUGUUCUUUGAAGGCCAAAGGUCGGGAAAGCUGCCACCCUCUCAACGAAUGACUUGGCGCAAGGAUUCUGGUCUUCGCGAUAGCUUCCAAAAGAGUAUUGGAGAAUCCCAAAUUGGCAUAAAACACAUUGAUUUAGUAGGAGGCUAUUAUGAUGCUGGUGAUAAUAUCAAGUUCAACUUCCCUAUGGCAUUUACCACAACCAUGCUAGCUUGGAGUGUAGCCGAUUUUAAGCCCUUCAUGGGCACAGAGCUCCCACACGCCCUCGAGGCGAUCCAAUGGGCGACCGAUUACUUUUUAAAAUGCACUCGUAUGCCAGGGAUUGUAUUUGCUCAAGUCGGAGAAGGUUUCGCCGAUCACAACUGUUGGGAGAGGCCGGAGGACAUGGACACACCUCGAAACCCCUUCGCUGUUAGCAAAAAGUAUCCAGGGUCCGAAGUUUCUGCUGAGAUGGCUGCGGCCUUGGCUGCUUCUUCCAUUGUGCUAAGGUCUUCUAACCGGACUUAUGCUGCACGUCUUCUUAGCCGGGCUAAAACGGUUUUUGAAUUUGCAAAUACAUACCAAGGCUCAUACAAUGACACUCUUGGGCAUUGGGUCUGUUCAUUUUACUGCAGUUACAGUGGAUAUCAGGAUGAAUUGAUAUGGGCAGCAACUUGGCUAUACAGGGCAACAAAGUUACCUUAUUACUCAAAUUAUGUGCUAAAUAACAUCCACAAAAAUCGUGGUAACUUUGCUGAAUUUGGAUGGGAUACUAAGCAUGCUGGCAUUAACGUACUCGUUUCCAAGUUGGGAUUUGCUAAGCAUCUUCAACCUAAUCCAUUCGUUACCAAUGCUGAAAACUUCGUAUGCUCUGUGUUGCCUGAAUCUCCAACAACCAAAUCAGUCGCAUAUAGUCCAGGCGGACUCUUGUUCAAAGCAGGUGGAAGUAACAUGCAACAUACUACAGCUAUAUCAUUUUUACUUUUGGUUUAUGGUCGUUAUGCUAGUAGUUUAAAAAAGACCAUCCAAUGUGGAAAUGUAGUCGUCAAUCCCCCUAGACUCGCCCAAGUCGCUAAACGUCAGGUGGACUAUAUACUUGGAGGCAACCCGUUGAGUAUGUCUUACAUGGUAGGAUAUGGAAAAAAAUAUCCUCAAAGGAUACAUCAUCGAGGCUCAUCUUUGCCUUCCACUGAUGUGCACCCUGAGAAACUUGAAUGUCAAGGAGGAACUUCCUACUUCUUUAGUAGUAACCCUAACCCGAAUGUUUUGGUAGGUGCUGUUGUUGGAGGACCUGAUAUCAAUGACAAAUAUCCAGAUUCUCGAGCUGAUUUUCCUCAUUCUGAACCAGCUACUUACAUUAAUGCACCUCUUGUUGGUCUUUUAGCUUUUUAUAAAGCUCACUAAUUGAUAUGUGUGUAAUUUUUUCAAAUACAUAUUCUUUGUAUAUUAAUUCUUAAUUAAUCAUCGAUUUUUAUUUAGUUACAUUUGUAUCUUUUAGCUCCUUCAUUGUUGUAAAAUAGUUCAACUCUUACUUUCAAGAGCAAUGUAACGUAACAACUAACAAUCAUGUGACAUUGCAUUAACUUUUUUAUUAGUGAGGUGAUCAUACAUACUAUACAUAAUUACAUAGUUUAUAAAAUGAGCAAAGAUGGAGAUGAUUGUUAUUGAUAUACGAAGUACUAUUGAAUCUGAUCGAUCAAAUAAUUAUAUGGAA